AUGCAAGCCCAGUCUGCACCUGUCUGCGAUGCCUUUAAAACAGGUAUGUCAGCAGCAGCAGCUCACCUAUGGCGAGUGAGAUGUGCCUCUGGGCGACCCCUCAGGGAAGCUUUUCGAUGCUCAAAGACGGCUCUUUGUCCUUUUAGACUUUUCAACAAGUAAAUAAAUAAACGUCUAAAAAUUUAUUUUAAACGAGACAGGAAGUAAGGAAAGUAUUACACUGGGACGGUGCUGUGCAAUACAGAAUAUAAGACAUGGAGGGGCUAAGAAGCAAUUAGCAGGCAUCCCAAUAUGAAUUAAUCAAUGGAAUGCUUUCAGUGAUGUCAUCAUGUAUUAUAAUUAUGGCCGACUGACCUAAUAAUUGUUAUGGGGUAGCAGCUUUUUCAGACUUGCAGAGAACGUCAAAAUGCCUUUAAAAAAAAUAAUCAUUACAUUUAUAUCCCCGCCCCCCUUUUCUCAACGAGGCAAAUUUGGUUUUCCCUCCUUUCCAUUCUAUCUUCACAACCUUGUGAGGCAGGCUAGGCUGAGAGACAGUGACCGUCUGAAAGUCACCCAGCGCGCUUUGGGGCUGAGUGGGGAUUUGAACCCUGAUCUCUCAGAUCUUAGCCCAGCACUCUAACCACUACUCCACACUGUCUUUGAAGGGUAGCUCUCUUGUCCUUUCCCACCCUCAGCUAUUGCUCUCCUCUGCUCAUCUCCCAGCUCCCCCCCUUUCCAUUCCUUGAGGUCCCACAACAUCCCCGAUAAACUGGGUUAGAACAAUAUUAGUUUGGGAUGACUCUCUGUUACCCAUCUGCCACCCUCUGAUUCCCUAGUGAAAAUCCAUCUGUCUGGGCUUGGGGAUGAGAACUCAGUAAGUAGCUGGUGGCUUCACUGUUUAUCCUAGAGUGCAGGGCUGAUUCUGAACGUCCGGGAACUUCCUUGGGCACAGCAAAUUGCGGGAGGUUAUAUAUGUCUGGGCUUUAUUUUCUUAAUGAUGGAUUUUCCCCCACUUAAACAAAACAAAACAAAAAAAACCAGCAACCCCACAACUGAUCGUAAUGCUUGAGCCAUUCUGGCCACGGAGCCUCAAAUGGGUGUUGCUUGCCACUUUGCCCAUGGGAAGCCUGGCUUUGUCACAGCUGUGGCUUGUGGUCAGAAAUGCUCUGAGCUUGUGGCUGCUCUGUUUGCCUUGUUUGUGAGUGGGCCCGUGUCCUGGCAACCAGCCCCAGCUCUAACUGCCAGGCGUUGCUGUCUUCCUGGGGCCGGGGAUAAGAGCCCAAGAAUCGUGCAUGGCAUUUUCGGGAAGUUGAUGCUAAAAUUACCAUUUUGGAAGGUUUUCUCCCCUUUCAUUUUAUUUUAAUGUAUAAAUUUGGAGGAGGAGAGGACAUGUACACCUGUUUCUAGAAAAAGAAAUCUUGUGAUUUCCCCCCCAAGGGAGCAAUCUUGAUAAUAAUAAUAAUAAUAAAUAAUAAUAAUAAUAAUAAUAAUAAUAAUAAUACUUAAACCCCACCCAUCUGGCUGGGCCUCUCCAGCCACUCUGGGCAGCUCCCAACAGAAUAUUAAAAGCACAAUAAAACAUCAAACAUUAAAAACUUUCCUAAACAGGGCUGCCUUCAGGUGUCUUCUAAAAGUCAGAUACAGUGGUACCUUGGGUUACAGACGCUUCAGGUUACAGACUCUGCUAACCCGGAAGUAGUACCUUGGGUUAAGAACUUUGCUUCAGGAUGAGAACAGAAAUCGUGCGCCAGCGGCGCGGCAGCAGCAGGAGGCCCCAUUAGCCAAAGUGGUACCUCAGGUUAAGAACAGUUUCAGGUUAAGAACGGACCUCUGGAACAAAUUAAGUUCUUAACCCGAGGUACCACUGUAGUUGUUUAUUUCCUUGACAUCUGAUGGGAGGGCGUUCCACAAGAUGGGUGCCACUACCAAGAAGGCCCUCUGCCUGGUUGCCUGUAACCUCACUUCUCGCACUGAGGGUACUGCCAGAAGGCCCUCAUAGCUGGACCUCAGUGUCUGGGCUGAAUGAUGGGGGUGGAGACGCUUCUUCAGGUAUACUGGGCCGAGGCCGUUUAGGGCUUCAAAGGUCAGCACCAACACUUUGACUUCUGCUCGGAAACGUACUGGGAACCAGUGAAGAUCUUUUAGGACCAGUGUUAUAUGGUCUCAGCGGCCACUCCCAGUCACCAGUCUGGCUGCCUCAUUCUGGAUUAGUUGCAGUUUCUGGGUCACCUUCAAAGGUAGCCCCCUGUAGAGCGCAUUGCAGUAGUAGUCCAAGCAGGAGAUAACUAGAGCAUGCACCAAUCUUACAGCAAGAUCCACUAGGAUGAGUGGGGUGAGGAUCCCAUGGAUCUCCAGCAGAGCUGGGAUCUUCCUGUGCAGCUGGGCUAUGCUAGCAUUAGUGCCCCACCCUCAGCUUGACUGGAGAUGCACCAACAUAUAUUCCCCAUCUAAGCCAUGAAAAGGGGGUGUUGCAGGGUCAUGGCAUUUUGGGACCAGAGAGGAGGGACUUAGGCUGGAUCCUGAACCUGUUUAGCUCAGUCACAUGACUUGCUAAGCCAAUGAAAAGGUGGUGUAACUCUAACACUAUUUUGAAGGCUUGUUUUCCCUCUGCCAGGCUUAGGGGGGUUCACCUAGCAGUGAAUGGAGUUUUGAACUGAUGUACUUUAUGCCUGCUUAACUUACACCAGCUUCUUGUCUAUAGGAUUGCCUGCUUCAUUACAAAAGUAGCUAUUGCAGUUGCCCAGGUGUCUCCACUGCAAGUGUUAUGCCCAUCAUUUGGCCACUAGCAUAAGCAAUUUUGUUUCAGCUGGGAACAUACUAGAGAUAGGGAAGGAAUUCAGUUUGGCUUGAAUUUUAAUGCCCUGCAAAAUUCAAACUUUUGUGACGCAGAUCUCUACCCAAGAGAAUGUGUAUAAGAAUGAGCAGGUCAGAGUCAAUUGUGCAUGGAAAUGUAUUUAUCAAUAGAGGAAACAUCCAUGAAAGCAUUAUAUUAUUGCAUUCCAUUUGUGAAUCACUUCCUAUGAAACAUCCCAAAGUGAUUUAGCUGUAAAAAUGCCAAGAGUAAAACAUGUGUAAAACAAUCUCGUAAUUAAAGCAAUUUAAAAAAUUUAUACAUCAAAACCAUUUCCAUUAGGGGAAAUAGUUUGCAAAAAAGGUGAACAUUAGGAAAAAGUGCAUUAAAAAUGUGCAUAUUAGGAGGGAUGCCCUGUUUAGGGAAGCUUUUAAUGUUUGACAGACUAUUGUAUUUUAAUAUUUUGUUGGAAGCCACCCAGAGUGGCUGGGGAAACCCAGCCAGAUGGGUGGGGUAUAAAUAAAUUAUUAUUAUUAUUAUUAUUACUACUACUCAUCUGCACUAUACAUUUAAAGCAGUAUCAUUCCUCUUUAAACAGUCAGGGCUGCAUUUAAAUAUGAAGCUUUGUAUUGAUAUGUUGGUUUUUUUAAUGGCAGGUUAAUGCAAAAACAGGGUGGAAACUGACACAUGCAAAACUGACAUGGAAGCGUAAUAAGACUGAUUAUUAUUCAACCACCUGUUUGCAUUUGGCUGCAAGUAAAAUCCCAAAACCCAUAUUAGAGCAAUGCUUCUAUUAGGCCAGCCAAAAUACAGUCAAAAAGAUAGAACUCCAGGAGAGUUCUGCGUCAGGGGCGAAAGAAAAGAUCCAGCUGGCAGGGUAGAUUCUGAGCAGCCCCACCCUCGUGGGCCACCAUGACGUCAGGAGGACCGGCUUCAAAGGCAAGAGUUGGGAGAAUAUUCCAAGUGUGCUCCCGAUUCCUUUCUUUGCAGACCAGCCUGAACUCAUACGGAGCUUCAAAGGACGAUCCCUGCAGUCCAUCACAAUGGGAGCUGCAGUCAAGUGCUGUUCAACUGAUUGGCACUGAUUGCGUUUCCCACUUUCUACAGGAUCUGGCUGCACUCAGGGGGUCUUGAUUCCAGCAGGGGUUGUAUUUAGCACCAAUCUGCUGAUAUAUAUCUAUAUAUCUAUAUACCUACAUAUCUAUAUAUCUAUCUCACUUUAGGCAGGGAUUGGUACAUUUGAAGGUUCCCUUUAAGAUCAGUUGUGGGUAGUGAUAGGCAGGCCUAUCAAUUUCACUUUCUCAUCCUUCCAAUUUUAACUUCAUUUCUCCACAUUUUCCCAAAUCUGUUGGCGUUUUUAAAUAUAUAUUUUUUAAAAUAAAUAUUUGUCAGCAUUUUGGAGUGCAUUUCCCCUAAUGGACACAUCUUUGCAAAGCAGCUUCCCCUAAUACAAUGCAUUUCUUUGGCCAUUUUCACCAAUAUUUUAAUGCACUCUUUACCCCAGUAUCUUCUUCUUCUUUCUUCUUCUUCUUCUUCUUCUUCUUCUUCUUCUUCUUCUUCUUCUUCCCUGUUUCCUGGCUGGUGAACUGCAUUGCAAAAUUCGGAGAAGGGCGACUUCUGAAGGAUGGUUGGGUUUGGGUUGGCAUUUCAGAAAGUGUGAAUUAGGUAGCAUUGACUUUAAAUGUGAACUGAACUUCACCCCCAUUCCUAGGUAUGGGGCAGGCGAGUGUCAUUUGGGGCAAAUGGCCUUGUGGGCCUAAUUCAGACCGUGGGUUGGAGGCUCCCCACUGCUAUGCUAGAUGGUCAACAAUGGAGGGAAAAUAGAGAGAAGAAACGAGGCUGAUGAUAACGCCUGAGCCUGUAACUGGUAAGUGCCUUCAAGGCAGAAUGUGGGAAUGGAUAGUAGGCAUUCUGUUAGGUGAUGUGUGGGAUCAGUUUGUGCCAAGACCUUCUGGGAGGAAGAAGCAUGAGUCAUCAUCUUUAGAAACCCAAGAACUGUCUGUUGCCCUGGUCUACCUCCCUCCUUCGGUAGGACACAUACUGAAAUAUACUUGAAGUCCUGUAGUGAUUUCAUGCUCUUUAUUGCACCUUGUAAAACAGUGAUUGAAUUGCCCCCCAAACCUCAGGCUUUUAUAUACAUUAUUUACACAAUGAGUCCCUUCUGCUUGGCUGAUUCUGCUUCCCUCCUGGAGCCUGAUUGGUCUUUUCCUGCAGGCCAAUCAGUUGUUGCAUUCUAGGAUCCUACUUGCCUUUUGUUCUAUGAUCCAAGCUUAGUAUAUAACACAUACCUUUUAUUAAGUUGAAACUAAGCCAUGCCAAACUUUGACACAGAGGAAGUCCUAACACGCACAAGCAAACUCCUUGAGAUCAAUCCAGUACAUAUGAAAAUCCAUUCAAUAACCCUAACACUGCUUUUAUUUUUUUUACUUUUGAAAUUUACUCUGUUUUUGCAAGCUGAAGUUGAGAACGGAGCUCUCCCAACCAAACAAGUCUGAGUUUUGCUCUGGGACCUCUGCCUGCAAGGUGAUCGUUUGGGAAGGGAUCUUUAUGCUAGGUAUGGGCUAUGACCUCUAGCUCACCUCACCCUCUGGAAGCAAUUAACUGGGCUGGAUGAUUGAUAUAAUACUAGCUCCUGUUCUGGAGUGCCGAGACUUUCCCAUAUACCGGCGUGGUAUGUUUGAGGUGGGCUGUGAGGAACGUCAGUGCUGCGCCGAGCCGUUGUUUAGCUCAGGGGUUAAAGGGUUAAGCCUGCCCCUGCUGCAAUCCCAGUGCCAGCUCUCUGCAGGCUGCCAAAGUAAUGUGAUUGAGCAAUGGUUUGCGGGUAAUGGACGAUCCCUCAAGCCACACGUCCGGACUCUCCAUCUCCCUAGGAAUGCACACACCCAACCUGUGAGUCUCUCUAGCCUGCAAGGGACCAGCGGCUCUCAGAGAGCUCAGAGACAGACAGAAGGUCCCCGAAGAGCCCCAGAACCAGAGGUACGGAGGCCAGGAAGGCGAGAAAAGCAGAAAGAUUUAGGGAGAUAAGGGGUCAAAGGUAAGGCUGAUAUAAUUUCCCUUCGGUAACAUCGUUGGUGGGGUGGUAUGUAGGAUUUGAACACCCAUUCAGAAAGUUUAUAGAUUGUUAUUGCACCUCCUUUGUUUGUUUGUUCCUUCCUUCUCAUUGCAUCAUGCAGUGGUGGGUGGUGUGCACUGGAGAAUGGCAGGGCCGGAAACAGAAGCCUAACAGUAGGUGGAGCCAGAGCUAAUGGCUGGUGGAGCCAAUUAAUUCUACUUUUCAUCUCCAUCCUCUUCCAUGCUGAGGUGCAAAACACUGGACAACACUGAGGCUAAGGGGGAGGAAGCUGGCCGGCAAUGCCACCCCCUAGAUUGGGUGUAGAUAAGAAGGCAGGGACAUGGGGGGCGCUGUGGUCUAAACCACAGAGCCUAGGGCUUGCCGAUCAGAAGGUCGGCGGUUCGAAUCCCCACGAUGGGGUGAGCUCCCGUUGCUCAGUCCCUGCUCCUGCCCACCUAGCAGUUUGAAAGCACGUCAAAGUGCAAGUAGAUAAAUAGGUACCGCUCUGGUGGGAAGGUAAACAGCGUUUCCGUGUGCUGCUCUGGUUCUCCAGAAGCGGCUUAGUCAUGCUGGCCACAUGACCCGGAAGCUGUACGCCCGCUCCCUCGGCCAAUAAAGCGAGAUGAGCGCUGCAACCCCAGAGUCGUCCACGACUGGACCUAACGGUCAGGGGUCCCUUUACCUAAGAAGGCAGGGAAGUGGGAUCUGACUUGAGAGCAGUCUGUGGUUUGUGGGGGCACUGCAAGUUGGCAGCACACAGCUCCCUCCCUUAUUACCUUCACAACAACCCUGCGAGGGAGGUUUGGCGGAAAGUGCAAGUUGACCAAGUCAGGGUCCCUUAGUGAGAUUCAUACAAUGCUAAACCCAGGUCUUCCUGGCCAUAGCCUGAGAUUCUAGUGCAGGAGUGGGGAAGCUGUGACCUUUCAUGUGUUACUGGACUCCAAUCAGUUGCAGCCAGUGUGGUCAGGGAUGAUGGGGGAUGCAGUCCAAAAAGGUCUGGGGGGGUGGGCACAGCUUCCCCAUCUCUGCUCUAGGGGCUGGCACAGUUGCAUUUCAUAAGCUCCGUCUGUAAUAAGUCGGAAGUCUAUUAUUGAUGCUGUUUGCCUGUAAUUUUUCUGAAUGCAAAAUAAAUGUAGGUUUGCUUUGUGGAAGCAGAAUGCAUUUUUUUUUUUUUAAAUCUACUCUAAAAAUAAAAAAAAUCUGUGGGGGGAAAUUAAAGCGUAACAGACGCAUUUAGUGUUAUUGACAUGCCUCCCACUUUUGAGUGCCAUAAUGUGGCACAAUUGAAUUGUGAUUGCCAAACCACUUUGCACGUCCCCCUCAUUUUGCCCCGUGAGGCUAGUAUUGGCUCCUCGUUCCCAGUUUCUUAUUCACCCCAGUGCUGCAUGAGAGUCUUGAAGUUCCACAGUCCCUUAUUCAAGCUGCUCAGACUUGGAGUGCCGCAAAUCUCUAUGUGAGCUGCCCUUGAAGAUUACUUGGAAACUUCAAGUGGCCCAAAAUGCAGUGACUAGCUGCUGUUUCGAAACAGGUGCCUUGGUUUCCAGUUUGCUUCUGGGCCCAAUUUAAGGUGCUCACAUUCCACUGAUCUCAGGAGUUCGAAGGAUGAUGGCUCACGAUGGGGCAUUCUUUGCAGCAGCCCCUCUGAACAUUCAGCCCCUUUCCAUCCCCCUUUUAACUUUUUCUUUUGCCAAGAGUGUAAAGCUGAAUGCGUGCGAGUAAAAUGUCCGUAAGUUGUGAGCUACCUGUAUUUAAAAAUUGUUCCAAUCCAUUCCGGACCUGUAGGGUGAAAGGUGAUAAUCAUUUGAAAUCAUCGUCCUUAUUUUGCUCAGGCUACCCAUAUAGCUCCGGGUCAAAUAAGGGACUGAGAAGGAGGAUUCAAUUGGUGUUGUAACAUGGGUAGGUGGGUGGGUGAGAGGGAGGUAGCAGGGCAACUCAACCCCCCUUAGGUUUCGUGGUGCCUGCCCCCUUUGCAACUCUUCUUAGAAGGCAAACGGGUAUGUGGUUUGGCCAAAAUUGUACGAAGUUGGCACUAGGACAUUGCAGAUUUCAUUAAGCCCCCUCCCUCCCUUCUCCCCCUCCACAAAAAACCCCCCAAGAACUUAGGCCCAUUCAUUCCAUGGGGUCUACUCUGAUUAGAACUCAGUUGGGGACAACCCAUUACUGUAUCUUUCAACCAGACUUGGCCUGGUUUCAAUAGAGGACUGUCAUUUGUAAAGUAGGAUAUCCGAUCAUCCUAACUCUGUCUGCCUCUGCUAUAAUUCUGUUCAUUUCUGUAGGGCAGGGCAAACCACACCUGCUGGCUUCUUUUUCUUGAUGGUGCAACCCUGUAGCUAUGAGCAUUCUUCCAGGGACAUAGAUGGAUAACAGCAGGGGUUGCCAGUACCCUCCAAAGAUUCUGGGCUGUGACUCCCAUCAGCCCCAACCUGCCCAGCCAAUGAUCAGGGAUGAUGGAAGUUGGAGUCCGCGACAUCUGCCCUACCCAACCCCAGUAUAUGGGAUAGCUCAGUUGGUAUAGCAUGAGACGCUUAAUCUCUGGGUUAUGGGUUCGAGCCCCAUGUUGGGCAAAAUAUUUCUGCAUUGCAGGGGUUGGACUAGAUGUCCCUCGUGGUCCCUUCCAACUCUGCAGUUCUAUGAUUCUACAGUGGGCACCAUGUUUACAACCCUUACAUGAUCAUCUUUGGAUGUUGCCCUGCCCUAUUUUCCCUCUCCUCUUUCUCUGACCCACCAGUUCUUCAAACCUUCCAAUACCUAGAACUAGGGCAUCUUUUUGUGUUAUUAUUAUUCUAUUCCUCUGUUGUUGCUUUUGUCUUUAAGCCACUUUGGACAGGCAUUUGCCCAGAAAGGCAUCCUAAAAAUAUUUUAAAUAAACAUAUGAAUAAAAUAAAUUUGGCCAGAACCUUGCAAAAUGAUCACUUGGACUAUGCAAUCCAUAGAACACCCCAACCACGACAGAUGCAGUGCAGUUUUGGACUUGGCCAAAGGAAAGUUUCUAAUUGCACAGCAUCUGGUGUGCUAACAGACCAAAAAAAGAAAGAAAGAAAAAGAAAUGUGAAGUCCUGCAAGACAUGUGCAAAACAAAUCCUUUUGCUGCGGCUAAAAGAUGAUAUUUUGGGGGCUGUGGCUCUGAACCGAGUGUUCCUCUGCUGUUCUUGUCCUUUUUUUCCAGAGGAAAAUCUAUGCACAUUGAAGUUUUCAGCAAGCCCCGUUGAAACUAGGGGUGGAGGUGAGAUUUGACUCAGUUGAACUGUAAAGGUGUACCCACCUAAUUAGCACUUUCUGAAACAAUAAGCGAACUGAAACACAGCCAUCCUUUGAAAUGUGUACUUUUCUUUCUUUCUUUCUUUCUUUCUUUCUUUCUUUCUUUCUUUCUUUCUUUCCUUCCUUCUUUCUUUUCUUUUCUUUUCUUUUCUUUUCUUUUCUUUUCUUAACUGUCAGAAAUAGUAUGUUUAUUUUUCUUCCAUAGUGGUAAUUUUUCUUCAGUGACAAUGUUUAUUUUUUGGCCAUAAAAAAUGUUACUUGACAAAAUCUUUGAAAAGCAAACCAACAAAACCGGACAACUAAAUUUCUUAAAAAACAACAACUUCCCCCCCAAAAUAGUUAUUCUCUCAUUAUUUCUUCUUCUUCUUCUUCUUCUUCUUCUUCUUCUUCUUCUUCUUCUUCUUCUUCUCCUCCCCUUAUAUAAAGGACAUUAUUGCACCUUAUCAGAACUUCACCAAGGUGUCCAGAAGAAGAAUAUAUUCUUCUGUAUUUGCAAGCUGCAUGUUUAUGUAGCCAUCAACGGACGUGAGGUAGCCUUUGUAUUCCACCCCCCACUUAAGCUUCACCACCAGCCUGUUUAAGGAAGGGCUUUGGAUUGAGAGCCAGACUCAUAGCAACCAGACCAACCUAAGGGCGUCUGCGGCAACAAAAAAAUUACUCGCGGGCAGCACAUGUGCCUGCCAAAGCUCUAAAAAGAAAAAUCACGGAAGUGACUAAAUGUGUACUUUUCUGAAUUUUGCAGUGGAGUUCUGCAGCCAAGUAAUGUCUGUAAAGAUGCCAAUGUUGGGGUAAAGUGUACUGCAUUCUAUGGGGGGGGGGGAAUUGCUUUGCAAAAAUUCAUGCAUUAGUCAAAAUUGCAUACAAAUGGUGUGUAUUAGGAGAAAUCCGCACUAAAAUUUUGGCAAAUUUUUCUGAGGGUUCGCCUCGAAAACGGAAAUUCGUGAACUGACGUGGAAAUGUGGAGAACAGAAUUUUGGAAACAACAAAAAACCUGAAAUUGAUCAAUUUGCCCAACCUUAGCUGAAAUAAAUGAAUGGGACACAGCUCCUGCCCCUUUAAGAGUAGUGCUUACGGAGAUACACUUGCUGAAGCUCCCCCAUCAACACAAGUAUUAAAGGAACAGGAGCCCUGUCCUGUUCUGCUGCUUUGACUGGGGCUGAUGGGAGCUGUAAGUCCCACAUUACCCCAUCCAUAGGUUAGAGCAGGGGUCAGCAAACUUUUUCAGCAGGGGGGCGGUCCACUGUCCCUCAGACCUUGUGGGGGACCAGACUAUAUUUUGAGGGGAAAACAUGAAUGAAUUCCUAUGCCCCACAAAUAACCUAGAGAUGCAUUUUAAAUGAAAGCACUCAUUCUACUCAUGUAAAAACACCAGGCAGGCCCCACAAAUAACCCAGAGAUGCAUUUUAAAUAAAAGGGCACAUUCUAUUCAUGUAAAAACACGCUGAUUCCCGGACUGUCCGUGGGCUGGAUUUAGAAGGCGAUUGGGCCCCUGGGCCUUAGUUUGCCUACCCAUGGGUUAGAGGAAGAGUUCAGUCAAAGAACAUAGCUUUAGGUGAAAGGAGUGUAUCCAAUUACAAAUGAGCCUUGCUUUCAAUCUCAUUUCAGUCCCAAGGACUUGUAAGGUUAAGACUCUGGAGAAAAUAAUUGCCAGCACCUUUACAAAAUUACAGCUCCCUAUGGAUCUUUCUCCUGAAAGUGAAACUGGUUCUGGCACGAUACCCUGCUUUGUUGGAAAGCGCAAGGCAGAUGCUAGGAAGGUGUGCAGCACUCGCAGGUCGCAGAAGUUGGAGAGAAACUUGCUGCUAGUUUAAAUCUCUACUUCCACUUAGUGGCUAAACGGUGUAUAGCUGCUUGUGGCAUUUUUCAUCUUCCUUCUCUGGGAUCUGCGCCAAAUCCUCUAGCUUUUGGAUAAAUCCCAAACACUGGGAAGAGCAAACAGAAAAAAACAGUUUUGAAAAUGUUAAAUGUGUUAGGAACCCGCAGCUUUUCCUUGCAGGGCCAAAAACAUUUUUUUAGGUGGGCUUUUAAAAAAAUGGAAAAUGGCAUCUGUGGAAAGAGUUUAAAAGCGCCCCCCUCCCCUGAUGCAGGAUUUCCAUUUUGAGUUUGUAGCCUCUGGGGAAGAGCAAGUGUCCAGGGCAUACCUGCCAACUUACAGAUUUGAAAAUAAGGGACCAGCAGCCAAAAUAAGGGAUUUUCCGGGCACAGGUAUGUUCAACUUCUGAGCCCCUCUGAGCCAAAGGCAGAAAGCCCAGCCAGCAGCCAAACGAAGCCUCAUCAAUAAGGGACAGCAGCGGGACAUGGCGCUGGGAUAAGGGACUCUCCCACCAAAUAAGGGACGCUUGACAGCUCUGGUCCAGGGUCAGGAUUCUUGGGUACCCAACAAGGCUUAUACUCGAGGAAGUGGGUUGCUGCCAACUCCUGGAGCCCCUAGGACUUGCUCUGCCUUGCUGUGGAGACAUGUUGACUGUGCCCCUCUUAGCAUGAAGUUGUGAUAGAAGGGGAAACAGCCUCCCCUAGAGAUAGGGCAGACCUCUCCUUUUAGGUUACUCAGUCUCUUGUUUUUCCAAUCUUAAAUUCAGUUCACCAUUCUUCUGCAGCAAUUUCUGGAUUUUUAAAAAGAAUCCUCAUGAAAAUUUUCAAGCGUUUUCGUGUGGAUUUGUCCUAAACUCACACAUUUUGACUAAUAUGCAUGUUUUUGCAAGCAAUUUCCCCAACUGUAAUACAUUUUUGAAUGUAAUACGAAGCCCGUCAUCACUGACAAGUGACCAUGGUGACUGUGGCUAAAUGAGAGUUGUCAUCCAACAAUAUCUGGAGGGCACGCUGCUGGCUGCUGCUGGUGUAUCAUAUUGAGAACCACAAAUUAGGUAAAAUUGAGCGCCUCUCUUCCUUCUUAGCUUCCACUUGCUUUGCCUAAAAGGAGAUGUGAAAUAAAUGGGCAGUAGUAAUGAAAUGGGCAGGUCCAGGGAGGGGUGCCACUUACAGCAUCUUGCUGCCAACAAAUAUGUAGAACUGUUCCUCCUCUGAGGCUGCAUUUUGUAAAAAAAAGAAAGAAGCAGAAGCAGAUAAAAACCCAUUGAGGACCAAUUGCACAUGGCUGUUGUAUGUAGUUUCUGUCCUUAUUUUCAAUCCCUGUUCAGAAGUUAGGUAAUAAAGCAGAUUGCAUAUCCUACAGGAUUCUGGGCAAAUGUGGACAUGGUCUAAUGCUUGAUUGAAAAAUUGGCUUCUUGAGGAUGCCAGUAGGCUUUUUAAAAGCAACCCCCAAGUUGCCAGUCCUCAGGGCUGCUGAAAAAGUCUAGAAAUAUGGCGGCAGUCCAUAGCAGUGGCUCAAAAAAUGGUGUUGUGGGUAAAACAAAUAUGCCAACACGAGUCAUCAAUGACUUAACAGGGUGGGGUGAAAGGAUUUUCCUUGUGCGAGUCUCUGGAAGUAAUUGUCGAUCAUUAUAAACAACCCAGUCAGCAGCUAGCAUUUACAAGCCUGAGUAAAUCAUUUCAGGUCAAGAGUGUGGAAUCUGUGCCUUGCAUGGUGGGUAGGGCUGAUGGGCAUCCAUGUCCAACUGGACCUGGAGGGCCACAGAUUCUCCAGCCUUGUUUUAAGCCCUUAUGCCCUGGCCAUUUUUUUUCUUAACCCAACUCAUUCAACAAACAGUAUGUGUAUAAUGUUACUCCAUUCCUUUCAAACCAUAGUUCCUUUUCCCACAGGUCACCCUUCACCCCAAUUUCGCUCAAGUUCUCUUUCUCCAAAAUGGCCGACAAUGCCACCUCACAAGAAAGCCUUUAUGGAGACUAUGAGGACUAUCCUGACUUUGACGACAACAGCGGCCUCCGCGACUCCAUGCAUCUGCUCUCCAUGGUGCUCUACAGCGUGGCCUUCCUGCUGGGGGUGAUAGGGAACGGCCUGGUUAUCUUCGUCACUGGCUUCCGCAUGAAGAGGACUGUCAACACUGUCUGGUUCCUCAACUUGGCCUUGGCCGACUUUGUCUUCACUUUCUUCCUCCCGCUGAGUGUGGCCUACAUGGCCCUCGGCUUCCAUUGGCCCUUCGGGAAGGCUCUGUGCAAGCUCAACACCACCGUGGCCUUCCUCAACAUGUUUGCCAGCGUCUUCCUACUCACUGUCAUCAGCAUGGACCGCUGCGUCUCUGUGGCUUGUCCCGUCUGGGCCCAGAACUACCGCACGCCCCGGCUGGCUUCUAUGGUGGCGUUGGGCAUCUGGUUAGCAGCCAUGGCUCUCAGCUCCCCAUACUUUUUCUUCCGGGACACCGGGAGCUCUUCCAGCGAGGAGAAUACCACCCACUGCUACAACAACUUUGCCUUGUCGGAUGACCUGGACUCGGAGGAGGUUGCCAAGCUGGGAGAGGAUCGUCAUCGAGCCAUGGUGAUGACCCGCUUCGUGGUUGGGUUCCUGGUGCCGUUCACCAUCAUCUUGUUCUGUUACGGCAUCAUCACGGCCAAGCUGAAGGGCAGCCGCCUCACACGCUCAGGCAGACCCUUCAAGAUCAUGGUGGCAGUUGUCUUGGCCUUCUUCAUUUGCUGGUUCCCCUAUCACGUCUUCUCCUUCCUGGAGAUGUCGGUCACCACAGUAACGCCCUGGCUGCAGACCGUUCUGGUGGUGGGGGUACCUUUGGCCUCAGGUCUGGCCUACGUCAACAGCUGCCUGAACCCUUUCCUGUAUGUCUUCGUAGGGCACGACUUCAGGGAGAAGCUGAGGACGUCGGUCCUUGCAGCGUUUGAGAAUGCUUUCAGCGAGACCUCAGCGCAGGUGAUAACCAAGAGCAAAUCCAGUUUGGAGAUAGAGUGUCACCUUGUCUAGAGCAGAAGGGGGAAACUGUAGGUCAGGGUUUCACAAACUUGUGUCUCCAGCUGUUGUUGGACUACAGUUCCCAUGAUCCCUAACCACUGGUCCGGCUAGCUAGGGAUGAUGGGAGUUGUAGUCCAACAGCAGCUGGAGACACAAGUUUGCGAAACCCUGCUUUAGUCUUUUCUCCGCCCUGAUCCUUGAGUCUUCCCUCCCCACCCCACAUUCACAGCCAAGUACAAAACAGUGGUUUUGGAAUGGCGGGUUGGGAAUAACCUGAAGCAAAAUGGUGGCUCGGCACUUGGAGGCAGCCAAGGUCUAUGCUGUUUUGUAAGCUGUACGCUGGGAUGGCCUGCAUAUCAAAGUACAAAUCUUACCUUUAAGAUAUGUGAAGCUAAUAUUAUUUACUCUAGAACUAUCCUGCACAGUGUAGUAUUGCAGAAACACAGAAUUUAGGCAGCUGGUAAAAGGGACAGUCUUAAUUAUCUAGUUACAGUUGGAGAUUUCUUGUGCUUGUUUGCUGGCUCUAUGGAAACCCCAGAGCAGCCUUUCUCAACCUGUGGGUCCCUAGAUAUUGUUGAACUACAACUCCCAACACCCCUAGCUAGCAAGGCCAGAGCUCAGGGAUGAUGGGAGUGGUAGUCCAACGACAUCUGGGGACCCACAGGUUGAGAACCCCUGCCCCAGAGGGACAAACCAAGACUCCACCCAUCUGCAUUAUACCUUUAAGGCAGUACCAUGCCACUUUAAACAGUCAAAGAAUCAUGACUUCCCCCAAAGAAUCCUGGGAACUGUAGUUUGUUAAGGGUGCUGAGAGUUGGCAGUUCACCCCUAUUCCCCCUAGAGAGCUACAAUUCCCAAAGUGGUUUAACAACCAAAACCGUUUCCCAGGGACCUCUGGGAAUUGUAACUCAGUGAGGGGAGUAAGGGGUCUCCUAAAACUCUCAGCACCCUGAAAGACUACACUUCCCAGGAUUCUUUGGGGGAAGCCAUGACUGUUUAAAGUGGCAUGAUCCUGCUUUAAAGCUAUGGUGCAUUUGGAUCCCAAGUUUGUACAUUUUAAAGGCUUAUUUUUUACUGUUCUAUGUAUUGUACAUUUCUGUUUCUGUACUGGUAAUUUUAUGAGUAUUAAUGCAUAGAAUGUGUGUAACAUUAUAUAUAUAUAUAUAUAAAAUUAUCCAUAGUAGUUAGAAUAUGUGAGAAGUGUUUGUGUUUUUUACUGAAACUCCCAACCUCAUCGAGAUCAAGGAGCGAGAUGACGAUCAGAAAAAGAUCCAUGCAGAUAAGAUUGUCCGAAAUUUUAUCCAGACCAGACCCUGCCAUCUUCAUCAGAGGCCUUCUCUGUAGGCCCCACCUGAGGAAGGUGCAGAAGGUGAAUGAAAAUAGGUCUUUUCAGUGGUGGCUCCGCUGUCUGUUGAAUGCUCUCCCCCAAGGAGACACACCUGGCACCUUUUUAUUCACUCAGGCCCUUGGUAAUCGCAUUAGCUUCUUACGUUGCUGCUCACCUUUUAGCGAAGUGGAUAAGACUUGCACUUACUAAUAUGUUAUUGGAUCAGUAUAUUUUGUAUUCAAUGUUCUGGUUUUGAAUUGCUUUUAUUUGUUGCAUUUCAUAUUGUCGCUUCGAGACUUUCAAGUCACUUUGGGACUUUUCCUUCUGUAUAAAGCAGCAGGCGAAUGCAAUAAACGAUGACAGUAUCAACCUCUCAUCUACUGUACAAGAAAGGAGAUUCCAACUAAACAUUAGGAAGAACUUUCUGAUGGUAAGAGCUAUUGGACAGUGGGAAGGACUCCCUUGGAAGGUGGUGGACUCUCAUUCCUUAGAGGUUUUAAAGCAGAGGUUGGAUGGCCGUCUGUCAUGGAUUCUUUAGCUGUGAUUCCUGCAUUGCAAGGGGUUUGGACUAGAUAACCCUUGGAGUCUCUUACAACUGCACAGUUCUGUGACUGUACCUUUAAAGCAUAUUCAAAACACAUCCUUCCCUGCACAGACUUCUGGGCACUGUAGUUUACUCCCCACUGAGUUACCAUUCCCAGCAACUCUUACUAACUACAGUGCCCAGAAUUCUUUGAGGAGAAAGAAUGUUCUCUGAAUGUGCUUUAAUUAUAUAUUGUGUACACAGCUGUAAUCUGCAAAGCUGUUAAAAGCUGACUAACAGUUCUCUAAACUGUCGGUGGCCUGAAUGAGGAGGAAUUGAACAUGAAACUUUGAAAAAGCUGCGUCUCAUGGUGGCAAAUUCCAUUACACACUUGUGUGAAGAAAGACUUCAUUUCCCCUCCUUGAUCUGCGUCUACCGUUGCCCAAUUUUGCAGUGUUUCCUGUCAUUUCUUGUGGCCUUUCAGCCUAAACAGCAAAACCAAACUUCUCCCUUGUCACGAAGUUGGAAUUUGCCUUUUGCAUUCAGGGAUAUGCAAAAGUUCUCUUGCCAAGAUACCUUCCUUAAUAUCUGCUGUUUUAUUUCUUGCUGUUCUAACAAAAGGCAAUAAUUCAAAGCAUUAUUCUAUAAUGUUAUACAGCCACGGUUUACCCCAAAGAAUCAUGGGAACUGUAGCUUUUUUAAAAGGGUCCUGAGGGGUGAGAGGAGAUCCUUGACAAACUACAGUUCCCAGGAUUCUUCACUGACAGUGGUGUAAGAGUGCUUUAAAUGUAUGGGAUUGUAUUUGGUGUUAGCUAUUAUUGGAAUUCAUGGGUCUUCUGUGAGUGGAGAUGCUCCUUCAGGUAUACCUGUAACAAGCUACAGUUCCCAGGAGUCUUUGGGGGAGCGAUGUGCUUUAAAUGUGUACCCAGUUUUCUCCCUGCUCCCUCAUAUUCCCUUUCUAUUUGCUUAGCCUGUCUUUUUGAUUGUCAUCCUGAAGGCAGAGACUGUCUUACUUAUUGAUCUUGGCAAAACGCCCUGAGAGUCUUUUACAGAUGAAGAGCGGGGGGGGGGGGGAACACGAGAGAUAAAAUAAAUGACCUAGCACUUUCAGGCAAGGCCUUGCUGCUCUCUCAUCUCUCUUUGUAUUGUAUGGCUUCAAAAGGGUGGAGAAAUCAAUGAUUUGGCCAUUUCUCUCCAAAACGAGCUGUUGAAGUAUAAGCCCGGUGCUGUUUUGCACAGCAGGGGUGGGCAAACUCAGACUUCUGUGACCCACUACCCCCCACACUACUAGACCCCUAAGAUCUAUCAAGCCAGGUGCAUGAGAUGCACAUUCAAAGGCAGAAAAAGGGAAUUUGGGGUUUCUUUUUGAGUUUCAGAACUGAAUGAAGCUCACAGUCCUUUCACACACAAAACCCCUCCCCUCAUUGCUUUCUACAUUUCCACAGUAUAACAUUCUUAUCUUAUUAGUGUUAUUGUUGAUUUGUUAAUCGCCUUCUAAACCACCGCCUCGGUGCGAUUUACGCAGGAGAUCAUUUAAAGCAGUUUAAAACACACAAAAACAACUGGCGCAUCUAAAACUAAAUUAAAAACCCUAACAAACGGAAACUCGUGGUAAGGGUCCAUUUACCCAGCUGGGAAAGCCUGUCGGAACAAAAACCGUCUUCAGUUGUUUCUGGAAAGCGCAGAUAGUGGACCCUUGUCAUACUGUAUCUCAACAGGAGUGCUAUUUCACAAAACAGGGGCAACCACACAAAAGGUCUCGCUCCAAGUUUCUGCGAGGUAAUUCAAGGCAGGAGGAAGUUAGAAGGACACCUGCACGAUUCCCCACCCCGCCACCUGGGCAGGGAAAGUAAAAUACUGAAAGCGGGAGCUGGCCGUGGUGGACUUUGGGUGGCCAAAUUUCAAUGGCCGCUUGUGCUACACUAGAAUUCAGCACCCUUUGCCUCUCACACUCCUUUCUAUAGCAUUGCUAUGGUGCCCCCUAAAGCACAGCACCAAGUAAGUGCAGCUGCCCUGGUUGUGCUACCCUAAAGCCAUGCCUGAGACAGGCAAAUUUAUCGAGCGCUCUCUUUUUCACAAAUGAGAAGAAACGUGUUUGUACAUUUUGCCCUAGGUUCUACAUAUCCCAGAAACUUACAUGUCUUAAAAAAAAAUGGAAGCUAGGGAUCUGGAGAUGAUGGUUCAUCAAAGGGUUCGUAUCCUUCCUCUUCCACCCCCCUUCCCAUGUGUGGGAAUGUUGAGGGUGGCAGGAGAGGAUAUAUUAUUAAUAUCCUUCCUAACUUGUGCUAGGAAGUUCCUUUACUUAGCAGAGUGCACUGCCCCUUUCCACAGCAGAAAACGGGUUGCAAACUCAUGCUUUAGUUUGUUCAGCAAUGCUUCCCCAAUGCUAACACAUUACCAAUGUGCGGACAGGCCAUAGCACAACAAAAGCGGAACUAAACGAAAAGCAGGACACCUGCGGUAUAAAAAGUUAUGGGAUUUCUGCAGGAAGUUAUGGGAUAUUUAUUUUUAUUUUUUUAAAGUUAUAUGCCGCUAUUCAUCUAAAAAAAUCAGAGCGGUUUACAACAGUACAUACAGCAUAUUAAACCACACACGAAAGAAAGCAUAUGGAAGUUUCAAAAAUUGGAAAUCAGCUAGCUAUUGUGGAAAGAUGUGUUCUUAAUUGCCUGCAUGAGCCUGACAGAAGAGAAGAGUUUUCAGCAGGAGCUAAAAACUUGAAACAGAAGGUGCCUGCUGAAUCUCUGUUGGCAGAGUAUUCCAGACGGCUGGGGCAAGGAUAUUAAAGGCUCAGUUUCUUGCUGCUGUAAAAUGAGCCACACCAACUUGGGAAUGACUAGUGAUGCUCCUGCAGAUGAUCUCAGCGACUAAGCUGGGAUAUAGCCGCUGAAUAUGACUGCCCAAACAGUCAGGAAUCUACCAGAUUCCCUCAGCCUCUGGGGCAGAUUGAUAUGCACUGCUUGGAAGUGGAGCAGUGUGACCAGCCCAAGACUUUUGCAAGAACAAACAGUAUUACAAACAGGAUUGCAAGUCGCCUCCUUGAUAGCACCAUGAGCACACAUAAUCAUAGCGUGCUAUAAAAAGGACUUCUGGAGGGGACUUGUGAGCCAGAAAGCCUUUCUGAUCUACUGAAAGCCACCCCCACCCCCCCAGUUCUCUACCAGUAAAUCUACUUUCUGCCCAUCCCCGUUGCACCAUAUUGAGAUAUAGGGGAAAGUCAGUUUGCAUGUGGCAGUGAUAUCAUUGUUGUAAGACAGCCUUAUAAAACGGAUUGCAACAUUUUUAUUAUUUUUGCCUGUUGCUUCUUCAGCUCUUCCCCAUGCAACGCUUUCUGUAAAUUUCCUUUCCUUUUCCUGCUGACAUCGGCAAGACAAGCCUUAGUGGACAAUUGACAUCACUUUCAGUUCCCUGAAUGACAACCCUCUCCAGCAAGGAAGGCUAACCUCAGGGAGAAAUGUGGCCCUGCAGCCUUCUCUGCCUGGCCCUUGGGGUUUUCUCUAAGGCACACCCGCUUUCCCCAAACCAGACCCUUUCGCAGCAGAGCUCUGCAUCCUCCUUGAACUUUUUUGCCUGGCUGGAAUGAAUCCUUGAACUCUGAUGGAUGCCUCUUGCUUGUGUGGCUAGAGGACACAGUAAGAGGAGUAUGAGUGUGUCGAAACAAGCCUACCGUGCAAAAGUUGAAUUCCCAUUGGGAGGUCUACCCAUGUUCGCCUCUAGGCGCAACCACUACUGGCAAUGUGCCAGCCCUCCCUCACCAAAACAAAAAUGGCUCAGAAGAAAGAGUAGCCCUCAGCGUAAAAAGGUCACCCCGACCAUUUGAAUGAGAUCACCCUGCCUGUGCCAAAGAAUGGGAGCCAUUGGUGGACUGUCUACCGAAUUAUCAUUCUUAUGUGAAAUCACGUGCAGGAUUUGAGAUAUGAACACUGGGAGAAAGUAGAGAGUGGACUUUGCAGGGCUUAGAAAAUAAAUGUGGAUGUAUUUUAAUGCAGCUAUUAAUGAGGGAUAAUAAGAGAAAAACAUCAAGGACAGAGGGUCAGGAAGUCAAGAAGAAAAUGUGUAUCAAAAAACCCAAUAUAUGCGAUUGGAGUUAUGCAAUUCUAUGGAAGAUUUAAUUAUUUAAAAAAAGCAAAUGGUAAACUCAGGGGUUAGGUUGGGCAGGAAAACUACUGAAGUACAAGGGGGAGGUAUCAUCGUGUGGGGAGAAUCACAAGGUUGGCAGAAGUUUUUCUUUUCUUUCUUAGGAAAAGGAGAAGAAAAGCCAAGUCCCUUUCCCGAAACAGCCACAGAAGGCUGAGCAUGCUUCGUGGCCACGGAACACCAAGAGAGGGAAGGGGAUGGGAUGGAAUGGAGUAAUCUGAGGAGGGCAUGGCUGGCAAGAACGAUGCACCGGAGCACUCGGUUCUGUGACAUUUUCUCGCAGGUCUUCUUUCUUUUUAAUAGCUUCUCAAGCUAGGGGCUGAUCUCAUUCUCUCUGUGUAUGCCAUGCAUAUUGACGGAGCCACUGGAAUUAAGAAAUACCACGGGCUGGCAGGGGGUGGCUACAGUUUCAAGCAAGGGGCAUUCACAGCCCUAUCUGAAUGUGCUAAGACCUUCUGUAUGCAUAUCUCCUGCUUUACUGCAGAGCCACAGCAAGAAGGGCACUCUCCACUCCUGUGGUUGCCAGAACCAGGCAUUCCUGGCCACCGAUAGCCUUCUCUAUUAUGAGUUUGUCCUAUCCUCUUUUAAAGCCAUCCAAGUUGGUGGCCAUCACAGCCUUCUACUUUAAGCUGUUGAGGUGGAGGAGAAUGGAUGGAUGGACUCUCCCCGCCGCCCCGUUCUGCAACUCCUAUAGGAACCACUUGUGGAGUCAAAGGGGAUUGUGUCGCAAAGACACAUCCUACUUUUCAUCUCGACAUAUCCUCCCACUUCUGCUUUCUUCUUUGCAUUUAGAGAAUUCUCCUUGUGUUGGAGGCAGCAGCGGCACAAAAGAUUUUUCUUCUCUUUAAGGUAAGUGCCACCUUGAUUAUUGGGAGGAACAGGAGAUACUUUUCCUCCUUGAUAGAAGCUCUGUGCUUUUUACACUCCUAUGGCAGACUAUCAUCUAUCUAUCAUCUAUCUAUCAUCUAUUUCUAUCUAUCUAUCUGUCAUCUAUCUAUCAUCUAUCUAUCUAUCUAUCUAUCUAUCUAUCUAUCUAUCUAUCAUCUAUCAUCUAUCUAUCUAUCUAUCAUCUAUCUAUCUCUAUCUAUCUAUCUAUCUAUCUAUCUAUCUAUCUAUCUAUCUAUCUAUCAUCUAUCUAUCUAUCAUCUAUCUAUCUAUCUAUCUAUCAUCUAUCUAUCUAUCAUCUAUCUAUCUAUCUAUCUAUCAUCUAUCAUCUAUCUCCUAAAUGCUUUCUGUCUUUUGGAAUUUGCUUUUUCCUGCCCCUGUUCUUGCAGGUUGGAAUUAGGAACACAACAAACUGCCUUAUAUUGUAUCAGACCAUUUAUAUAAUAAUAAUAAUAAUAAUAAUAAUAAUAAUAAUAAUAAUAAUAGAUUAUUUAUACCCCGCCCCUCUGGCUGGGUUUUCCCAGCCACUCUGGGCGGCUUUCAACAGAAUAUUAAAAUACAAUAGUCUAUUAAACAUCAAAAGCUUCCCUAAACAGGGCUGCCUUCAAAUGUCUUCUAAAAGUAAAAUAGUUUUUUAUUUCCUUGACAUCUGGUGGGAGGGCGUUCCACAGGGCAGGUGCCACUACCGAGAAGGCCAUCUGCCUGGUUCCCUAUAACUUGGCUUCUUGCAGCAAGGGAACUGCCAGAAGGCCCUCGGCGCUGGACCUCAGUGUCCGGGCAGAAUGAUGGGGGUGGAGUCACUCCUUCAGGUAUACUGGACCGAGGCUGUUUAGGGCUUUAAAGGUCAGCACCAACACUUUGAAUUGUGGUCGGAAACGUACUGGGAGCCAGGGUAGGUCUUUCAAGACCAGGGUUAUGUGGUCUCGGCAGCCACUCCCAGUCACCAGUCUAGCUGCCACAUUCUGGAUUAGUUGUAGUUUCUGGGUCACCUUCAAAGGUAGCCCCACAUAGAAUGCACUGCAGUAGUCCAAGCGAGAGAUAACUAGAGAAUGCACCACUCUGGUGAGACAGUCCGCAGGCAGAUAGGGUCUCAGCCUGCGUACCAGAUAGAGCUGAUAAACAACUGCCCUGGACACAGAAUUGACCUGCACCUCCAUGGACAGCUGUGAGUCCAGAAUGACUCCCAGGCUGUGAACCUGGUCUUUCAGGGGGCACAUUCAGGACCAGGGAGUCCCCCACACCCGCCCGCCUCCUGUCCCCCCAAAACAGUACUUCUGUCUUGUCAGGAUUCAACCUCAAUCUGUUAGCCGCCAUCCAUCCUCCAACUGCCUCCAAACACUCAUACAGGAUCUUCACUGCCUUCACUGGUUCUGAUUUGAAAGAGAGGUAGAGCUGGGUGUCAUCCGCAUACUGAUGAACACCCAGCCCAAACCGCCUGAUGAUCUCUCCUAGCAGCUGCAUGUAGAUGUUGAAAAGCAUGGGGGAGAGGAGAUUGUCAGACUGGCAGUGGCUCUCCAUGGGUUCAGGUAGAAGUCACUCCCAACCCUACCUGGAGAUGCUGGGGAUUGAACCUGGGACCUUCUGCAUGCAAAGCAGAUGCUCUACCACUAAGCUAGAGAGCUCCCCACCCCUCCUACCGAUUACUGCAGCUUUGAAAGAAAGAGAAGAGAAAACAAAGCGGGCAGGGGGAUGUCACGAUGGGCAGAAUGUUAGCCUAGGACCAGAGAGCUCUGAGUUCAUGUUUCCCUCUGCCACACGAGGCUCACCAGGCAGGUCUGGGGCGAUUGUUAUUGUUCAGCCUACUUUACUUUGCAGGAUUGUUGUGAGGAUAAUAAUAAUAAUAAUAAUAAUAAUAAUAAUAAUAAUAAUAAUUUAUUAUUUAUACUCCACCCCUCUGGCUGGGUUUCCCAAGCCACUCUGUGCGGCUUCCAACAGAAUAUUAAAAUACAAUGGUCUAUUAAACAUUAAAAACUUCCCUAAACAGGGCUGUCUUCUAAAAGUCUGGUAGUUGUUUUUCUCUUUGACAUCUAGUGGGAGGGCAUUCCACAGGGCGGGUGCCACUACCGAAAAUCUCUCUCUGUGCAUGUGUACAGAACCAUUAUCUGCAGAGCCACAGCAAGCAGGAUGCUCUCCACUCCUGCAGUUGCCAUUUCCUGGCCACUGAUAGCCUUCUCUACCGUGAAUUUGUCCUCUCCUCUUUUAAAGCCAUCCGAGUUGGUGGCCAUCACAGCCUUCCACUUUAAGCUGUUGAGGUGGAGGAGAAUGGAUGGAUGGACUCUCCCCGCCACCCCGUUCUGCAACUCCUAUAGGAACCACUUGCGGAGUAAAAGUGGAUUGUGUCGCAAAGACACAUCCUACUUUUCAUCUCGACAUAUCCUCCCACUUCUGCUUUCUUCUUUGCAUUUAGAGAAUUCUCCUUGUGUUGGAGGCAGCAGCGGCACAAAAGAUUUUUCUUCUCUUUAAGGUAAGCGCCACCUUGAUUAUUGGGAGGAACAGGAGAUACUUUUCCUCCUUGAUAGAAGCUCUGUGCUUUUUACACUCCAAUGGCAGACUAUCAUCUAUCUAUCAUCUAUCUAUCUAUCUAUCUAUCUAUCUAUCUAUCUAUCUAUCUAUCAUCUAUCUAUCUAUCUAUCUAUCUAUCUAUCUAUCUAUCAUCUAUCUAUCUAUCUAUCUAUCUAUCUAUCAUCUAUCUAUCUAUCUAUCUAUCUAUCUAUCUAUCUCUAUCUAUCUAUCUAUCUAUCUAUCUAUCUAUCUAUAUCUCCUAAAUGCUUUCUGUCUUUUGGAAUUUGCUUUUUCCUGCCCCUGUUCUUGCAGGUUGGAAUUAGGAACACAACAAGCUGCCUUAUAUUGUAUCAGACUGUUUAUAUAAUAAUAAUAAUAAUAAUAAUAAUAAUAAUAAUAAUAAUAGAUUAUUUAUACCCCACCCAUCUGGCUGGGUUUCCCCAGCCACUCUGGGCAGCUUUCAACAGAAUAUUAAAAUACAAUAGUCUAUUAAACAUUAAAAAGGCUGCCUUCAAAUGUCUUCUAAAAGUCUGGUAGUUGUUUUUCUCUUUGACAUCUGGUGGGAGGGCGUUCCACAGGGCGGGUGCCAUUACCGAAAAUCUCUCUCUGUGCAUGUGUACAGAACAGUUAUCAGAGCAGGAUAACACGGUCAUAUUCGCAGAACUGCUGUUCGCACAGUGGUUUAGCCAUCAAUCCCUCUCCCCAAGGAACUCUGGGAAUAAUGGUAGCGGUGGGAGGGGGAUGGGGGGGGGGUCUCCUGACACCUCUCGGCAUCCUCAGCAGACCACAGUUCCCAGAAUUACAUGGGCACUUAAAAAGUGCUAUCCAGGUGGAGAAAUACUGCCCUGGCUGCCAGCUAAAAGGUACUGGGAAGAAAAAGCUAAUAGGUCUAUAUGGUGAGCUGUUUGCCCCUGCUUGCAGACCCUCCAAGUGUCCUGGUUUUCCAGGGACAGCCCCGGAAUUACAGAAGCCAUCCUGGUUUCUGAUUUGAUCCUGGAAUGUCCCACUUUUCCUUUUUCCUCCCCUCCUCAUCUUGAUAAAACUUGGUAGAGAGUUCAGACACGUCCCUCCAGAAAAACCCAAAAACCUCCUGUCCUUUUUUGGGGGGAAACAGGAGACUUUGCUGUGUAUGUGCAGGUGGAAAACAGAGUUACGUUUAUACUGAAAAUAAAAUGCAUGCACCAAACGAAGGAAGCGGUGAAGGUGGCAUACGAACCCCUUCUUAUAAUUUUGAAGGAAACCGUAGCCAAUACGCUUUCAGUUCUUUAAUUGCAAUGUUUAAAGGAAAUGUGUGGAGUCUUUGUUCCUUCAUUGUAAAUGGAGCCUUGCACUGUCUAUCGAGUAGUAAGUCACACUGUAUUGAAUGGAGCUUACUCCCAGGUAACUGGGUAAAGACUUUUCAGCCUUACUCUGCAAUCCCACUGAGUUCAAUAGUAUUUACUCUCUGGUAGGUUCUUGAUCAUUCUCACAAUGUCUUCUAUUAUUAUUAUUAUUAUUAUUAUUAUUAUUAUUUAUUAUCACUCACCUUUCCCCUCUGACAGGGACUCAAGGCAGCUUGCAGCUAAAAUUUUGUUUCAUUUCAUUUAUCUGCGGAAGGCAAUACACACGAUCCCUUCCACCACACUUUUUCUUUUCUUUACAACAAUCCCGUGAGGCAGCUUUGGCAGAGAUGUUGCCAUUGGCUCAAGGUGACAGAUGUGUAUGACAUACAUGUAGAUGACAUGCAGAUAUGACAUACAUGUGUAUGGCGGGAGAAGCUUACUGAUGUAGAAUAGAAUGUCCCUAUUUUCACCUGAGAAAUGUUGGUCUUGCCUCAGAUCAAGGUAACAGGGUCAUGGCUGACAGGAAGUUACCACAGUGUUGCAAUUGCUCUUGAUCUCCAAAGAGGAAGAGAGAAUGUAGAAACUUUUGCUCUGAUCUGCUGUUGUGUUGUGUUUUUUUUUUUAAUUAGUAAUUUUAAAUUUUUAAUAAAUUAAAUAAGAAUAGUAAUUGGGGUGGGUCUGGAGACAAACGUAGGGAGAUUGACAAAUGUUACCUUUAGUUUUUUCACACACUCAAACCCCACUCUCCAUCCUCCACUCUGGAGGAGCAAGGCAUGUGAUCAGAGUUCAAGGGCAGAGUUCAAGGGCAUUUGGGCAGAAACGCUAGGAGCUGGCCUGGGGAGAGGGCUGAGGCACAGAUGGAUAGGUUAAGAGGGUUGACUUUGGGCUCCAAGGCCUGACAUUCCCCACCACUGGCAUAAUCUAUGCAGUGCUGGAUCCUGGUCUUGAAGGGGCUUUGAGGUCUCUUGUCCAGAGUCAGAUUAACCAUUAAGCAAAAUAAGUGCGUGCUUAGGGCAACAAGGAAAGGGGGCCACCACAGAAAUUUCAGACCCUCCAAGUGUCCCUAUUCUCCACGGAUAUCCCUGAUUUAGAGAAGCCAUCCCAGUUUCUGAUUUGAUCCCGGAAUGUCCCGCUUUUCCUUAGGAUGUCCCUAUUUUCAUUGGAGAAAUGUUGGAGGGUAUGGAGUUAUCUGACUCCUGAGCCAUCUGAAGGCAGUCCUGUAUAAGUUAGGUAUUCUUUAAAAAAAAGUUUAAUGUUUUAUUAUGUUUUUAUAUAAGUUGGAGGCUGCCUAGAGUGGCUGGGGCAACCCAGUAAGAUGUGUAGGGUAUAAAUAGUAAAAUUAUCAUUAUGGAAUGGGAUGUCCCUAUUUUCAUCACAGAAAUGUUGGAGGGUAUGAAAAUUUUCAUUGUUGGUUUUUCUGUGGACCAGCAACUCCGCUUUUCAGUUUACAAAUUCUGAGAAAAAAACCUGUCUCUAUUAAUUAAAGCACUAAAGCACGAGAUUCAUCUGUAAGCUAGUAAUUAAUCUGUUCAUGUUGUGAAAUGAAGUGGAGAUAUACAAAAGCCCCCACAUUAUUUUAGGGUUUGUUUCAUUUCGAAAGGUAAAUUUUUAUUUUACGGUUUAUUAUUGUUUAUAUUUUGAAUCAGGCACUUAUGGAAGCAACAAAAUCUUUGAAGUGCUUAGGGUCUCUAAAGGUCUUAAUCUGGCCUUGCUCCUGCCCAAGGCACUGCUUGCCCUCUCCAUCCUGGCCCAGUCUGCACAACUGCCCAGAUGGAGAUACUGCUCCAUUUUCUUGCCCUUAUCACUGUUUGCAAGAUCAAAGAGGGUUGAUAGCAAUGAGGAGCAGGAGCUGCAGUGGUGGGGCCCAUGGCCGUUGCUCAACAGUGCCAACCCCUGGCCAACCCUGAAUGCGCACAAGCAAGGGAGAAUGGAGAAGUUUCUUCUUUCCUCCCUUUCCCAUCUGUUUGGCUAAGCAAGUGCAUAUUUUGGGGGGCAGGGGAUGGGGACUGAGUAGGUGGUCCAGAGGCUAUAUCAGUAAAUUCCUGGGCAUUCUCCACCCCUUGACAGCAUGACUUAUCGUGCACACUGAUGCUCUGUCUCGCUUGCUGGGUCAGCAAGGCAGGACUCUUCUCACUCUGUGGUGAAGCAGGGCAGGUUUUCUUCACAUGAUCAGAGACAUUUUCUCUUUUCUGUCUUGUUACUUCAUAUGUUCCAGGAGUCAGGCUCCUUAGCAGAGCCUGAGGCAAGGGAGCCCAGGCCAGUACAUUGUGUUGCAUGAGGCAUGCUGCAAACGUGUGUGUUUGUGUGUAUUUCCUUCGGGCUCCUUUGAGCCUCUAGUCCAGAGGUCACCAAGAUGCUGUCUGUGGGUGCCAUUGUACCUGCCAGUAGCCACUUCUGCUUCCUGCUGGGACUCUGGUCCUUUGACAGCUGCACAGCAGGUAGAAAUUCAACAAGUGAAGCCUGCAGGGGAAAGCCGCCUUCUUCUUCUUCUUCUUCUUCUUCUUCUUCUUCUUCUUCUUCUUCUUCUUCAAAAACCAUGUUCCUGUGCCGUUAAGAGGCGGAGGAACUGUGGCAGAGAACACGGCAGCUGCUGUCAUCGUGGACAAAUGGCCCCCGGCUCCCCAAAGGUUUCUCAACUCUGCUACUGCUUUUGUUUUUCCUGGGCCAAGAGCGACACAGAGGCAACCUUUCCCCCCCUGUAUGGGCUAAUGAAAUGCAGAGCAUCUCCUUGGCAGCCUUCACUCUAGAAUAACAGCUCCUUCCCCACCUUCCAGGCACAGGGCUGCAGCAAUCGACAUUCAGAGGGGAGAGGACAGGCUGAGAGCUGAAGGGUGAGUGUUUGGUCUUGACUUUUUUGAAGGCUUGUGGCAUGGGGGAGAAAACCUGAGAAUUCUCAUUUACUGGUUGUCAUCAACAUUUAUUUGUAUUCUGCCUUUCCGCGGUAUCCUAUGCCAGGAUAUUUCUGAAUACCACAUGCUGGGGACAAGGGUGUUGUAUAGGUCACCUCUGUCCUGCCUGUGAGCCUCCAGAGGCAUUUGGUUGGGUUGCUGUGGUGAACAGCAUGCUGGACCUUCUCCUACACAUUGGACCUCAUGUUCUUGCUUUGUUUCAGCCAAGAUAAGGGAGAAGACGGCAGUAAAGAAGACUCUCAGUCAAGAAGAAUGGAGAGUACAACUGCACUGACAAACCUUCCCAUUAAUAAUUCUUAUGCAGACCCCUCAGAUCUUCACUAUGAAUAUGAAUACGACGAGGAGGCAUAUAUGUUUGGAAAAACCUUGCAAAAAAGGUUGAACAUUGUCGCUAUGAUAAUUUACAGCCUUGCCUUCCUGUUAGGGGUCAUUGGUAAUGGGCUGGUUAUAUUCAUUACUGGCUUCCGUAUGAAGAGGACAGUCAACACUGUCUGGUUCCUCAACUUGGCCAUUGCUGACUUUGCCUUCACUUUCUUCCUUCCCCUGAGCAUUAUCUACCUAGCCCUGGACUUUCAUUGGCCCUUUGGCCUGGCAAUAUGCAAGUUGAACUCUACCCUUGCCUUCCUCAACCUCUAUGCCAGUGUCUACCUCCUCACAGUCAUCAGCAUCGACCGGUUCGUUUCUGUGUUCUGGCCUGUGUGGGCUCAGAAUCAUCGGACACCCAGGCUGGCUUCCUUCAUGGCCUUCGGUGUUUGGAUCUUGGCACUGGUGCUGUGUUCUCCAAACCUCUAUUUCAGGGAUACAGCCCAACAUCACAAUGAUCCAAAAAAGACCAACUGCUACAGCAAAUAUGGUAGCCCUCAGCAGCAUAAUGCAAUGAUCGCCAGCCGGUUCAUUUUUGGCUUCUUCAUCCCCUUCAACAUCAUCAUCAUUUGCUACGGGGCGAUUGUUCUGAAGCUGAGGAGGAACCAGCUAACCGAAUCAAACAAGCCCUUCAAGGUCAUCACAGCAGUGAUUGUGGCCUUCUUUGUCUGUUGGCUUCCCUAUCAUAUCUUCUCUUUCAUUGAGCUGAAAGCACGAGAAGAUGUAGACCUGGUUUUGGUGUUGAUCAUCGCCGUUCCGCUGACAAGCAGCUUGGCUUUCGUCAACAGCUGCCUCAACCCCAUCUUGUAUGCCUUCAUGGGGCAUGAUUUCAAGGAGAGGCUGAGAUACUCACUCUUCUCUGCAUUUGAGAGUGCCUUUGCUGAGGACAGCAGCCAGAGCUUGGUGACCAACAAGACCAGAUCUUCAGUAGAGUUAGACUCCCAGGUUGUAUGAAACCUUCUGCUUCCAAACCCCACCCUCCAGGGCAAGUCUGUGUAAUGCAUCCAUUCAGAAUAUAGUGCUGGCUGGAGCUGGGGAAGUUGUAGUCCAAAUCAUCUGGAAGCAACCAGAUCUACAGUAUGUGUAUACAUUCCCCCCCCCUUCCAGCAGGAACUCACUGGAACUCAGUUCUGGCACCUCUCAGAUGGGCGCCAUUGCCAUUAUAAGAGAACAAGGGAGGCUUUCAUGGUGAGUUCCUGCAUCUCUUUUUCUAGACAAAUAGCAGUGUAACUGCAUGUAUCAUUCUUUUGUGACCUGAUAUUUCAUGCUAUGCUAUGUGGAUUUUUAUUCUAGGGUUUUUUAAAAAUUGAUAUUACUCUCUUUGUAUAAGCUUUAUGGAGAGCCAUUUAACAAAACAAGACUGUCUUAACUCUGCAUUGACCUUGUAUCCCUGUAUCUAAAUAAAAGUAUUUGCUUUG